AACUUUUGUGUUGGUGAGUGCUUCGACAUCGACACUGCAAGAGGGGCAAACCUUGCAAAAGCCCUCGCCUGCAUUGGGAUUAAUCGCCGUAUUAGCCGCACAGAAUAAACAUGUAGUUUUUCCAACACAAACAUGGUGAAGGAACAGUUCAGAGAAACAGACGUCGCGCGGAGAGUAAGCCAUCUGGAGUUUGGAAUUUUCUCACCAUCUCACAUGCAAAAAAAUGCACAGAUCCAAUGCGUCAGUAAGAACCUGUACAUGCCAGAGAAUGCAAGGAAACCAGCAGGGUACGGGGUGCUGGAUCCACAACUGGGUAUCAGCAACAAGGAUCGAUCUUGUACAACCUGCGGGAAACAGCUUGCCGACUGUGUUGGUCACUUUGGAUUUAUUGAUCUUGAAUUGCCUGUCUGUCAUGUGGGAUAUUUUAAGGCAACAAUAGCCAUUCUUCAAUGUGUUUGCAAGAGUUGCAGUAGAGUUUUGCUGACACCAGAUGACAGGAUUUCAACGUUGGAAUCUCUUCGCCGUCCUGCACUUAGUAAUCUUGCACGCAAAGGAAUACUGAAGAAAGUCAAUACAAAAUGUCGCAAGCUGUCGCAAUGCCCGUACUGUGAGAGUCUCAACGGAAAUGUAAAGAAAGUAGGAAUGAUGAAAAUUGUUCAUGAGAAAUAUAAAACGACAAAGAAGAUUUUGCAUCCGGUGAUCUCAGAGUUUCAUGCCUCAUUUCAAAAUGCUCUUGAACAUAAUAAAGAACUGGAACCAUUAUUAAAAAAAGCUCAGGAAAUCUUAAAUCCAUUGAGAGUUUUAACAAUUUUCAAAGAUGUUCCUGAUGAGGAUUGUCCAUUGAUUGGAAUGUUACCCAGUAUUUCCCGACCGGAAGAUCUUAUUCUCACUAGAAUUGUUGUUCCCCCAGUUUGCAUCAGACCAUCUGUUGUCAGCGAUCUUAAGGCAGGCAGCAAUGAAGAUGAUGUUACGAUGAAACUGACAGAGAUUAUAUUUCUUAAUGAUGUCCUUCGCAAACACCGUUCAGGCGGUGCCAAAGUUCAAAUGAUUAUUGAAGAUUGGGAUUUUCUACAGCUGCAGUGUGCUUUGUAUAUAAACAGCGAAACAACUGGGAUUCCUUUGAGCAUGCAGCCUAAAAAACCCACAAGAGGCUUCGUGCAAAGACUAAAGGGAAAACAAGGUCGUUUUCGUGGUAACCUUUCAGGAAAACGAGUCGAUUUUUCCGGAAGAACUGUCAUCUCACCGGAUCCAAAUCUAAGAAUCGAUCAGGUCGCCGUUCCAAUCCACGUUGCGAAAAUCCUAACGUACCCAGAGAAGGUAACGAAGGCAAAUAUAGAUUUUAUGAAAAAACUGGUCGAGAAUGGAGCGACUGCCCACCCCGGAGCAAACUUUGUCAUUCAAAAGGAUACGAACAUUAAAAAGUUUCUUAAAUAUGGAAACAGAAAGUUUAUCGCGAAGGAUUUGAAGUUAGGGGAUACUGUGGAACGUCAUAUGAUUGACGGUGAUAUUGUGUUGUUUAACCGACAACCGUCGCUGCACAAACUCAGCAUUAUGAGUCAUUUUGCGGUGGUAAAGCCUCACAGAACUUUUCGUUUCAACGAGUGUGUUUGCACUCCUUACAACGCUGAUUUCGACGGCGAUGAAAUGAAUUUACAUUUACCUCAGACAGAAGAAGCUAGAGCCGAGGCUCUCACUCUGAUGGGGGUGAAGUCAAAUCUUGUCACCCCGAGGAACGGGGAGCCCCUGAUUGCUGCGAUACAAGAUUUUAUCACAGGUGCCUAUCUGCUUACACAAAAAGACGUAUUCUUAGACAGAAGUCAUAUGACACAGUUGUGUGCGGCCAUGUUGGCGGGCAAAGACAUUGAUAUGAGGAUAAAUCUUCCCCCACCUGCUAUUUUUAAGCCUGUUAAGCUGUGGACGGGCAAACAAGUGUUCAGUGUUUUGUUAAAAUCUCACCGGGAAGCUUCAGUCAAGAUGAAUCUGCGGGUGAAAGGAAAACAGUACAGCAGUGGAGAGGAGUUGUGCAAGAAUGACUCCUUUGUUGUUGUUCAUAACAGCGAGUUAAUGUGUGGUGCACUAGACAAGGCAGUUUUGGGAUCUGGUUCUAAGAACAACGUUUUUUAUGUUCUCCUGCGUGACUUUGGCCAACAGUUUGCCGCCGAUGCGAUGUGGAAAGUGGCUCGUGUCUGUCCUUUCUUCCUCUCAAACAGGGGCUUCUCAAUCGGUAUUGGCGACGUCACACCUGGUCAUGGUUUGCUGAAGGCGAAGGACGAGCUGUUAAAUCAUGGUUACACGAAGUGCGACGAGUUUAUUCAGGAUUUUAAAGAAAACAGAUUGCAGACUCAACCUGGUUGCUCAGAAGAAGAAACACUAGAGGCUGUUAUCCUUCGUGAAUUGUCUGUGAUUCGAGACCACGCUGGAAAGGCCUGUCUUCGGGAGCUCCACAAGUCCAAUAGCCCCUUAACAAUGGCUGUCUGUGGAUCAAAAGGAUCCUUCAUCAACAUAUCACAAAUGAUUGCUUGCGUUGGACAACAGGCUCUGUCAGGAAAACGUACUCCGAACGGCUUCGAGAAUCGAUCCUUGCCUCAUUUUCGAAAAUUCGCCAAGUUUCCAGGUGCAAAAGGCUUUGUGAAGAACAGUUUUUAUUCUGGGCUGACUCCAACAGAGUUUUUCUUUCACACAAUGGCCGGACGUGAAGGCUUAGUUGAUACGGCAGUUAAAACAGCCGAAACUGGUUACAUGCAAAGACGUCUUGUUAAGUCAUUGGAAGAUUUAUCUAUCCAGUAUGAUAUGACUGUUCGAAAUUCGGUGGGGGAAAUUGUCCAGUUCGUUUAUGGCGGGGAUAGUCUGGACCCUGCUUCGAUGGAGGGAAAGGAUAGACCAGUUGAUUUUGACCGUAUCUUGGCGCAUGUCCAGUCAUCCGUGCCCGAUCAAGAAUCGUGUGUAUUAUCAGCCGCGGAGAUUAAAGAUCAGACUGCUUCUGUUUUGAACGAGGAAAAAUAUCAAACUUGCAGCGAUGAAUACAAGAGAGGAUUGAGGAAAUUUACGGACAAGUUGAGCGAUAAAGUGGCUGAUUUACACUCUCGUUAUAGUUUUCCGGAGACAAUGCAAUCCAAACCAGUAAAAGGAAGACUUGGUUUGGCUGUGGAGUGGGUGUCAAGAUGCACCUCACUUCAGUUGCGAAAAUUUAUCGACAUUUGUCACGAGAAGUUUAUGAAAGCGAAAAUUGAGCCCGGGACAGCGGUCGGCGCCGUGUGCGCGCAGAGCAUCGGAGAGCCUGGUACCCAGAUGACCUUAAAGACUUUCCAUUUCGCUGGAGUGGCCUCUAUGAAUAUUACCCUGGGAGUCCCUCGUAUCAAGGAGAUCAUCAACGCGUCACGUUCUAUCAGUACGCCAAUCAUAUCGGCGGGUCUCGUCAACGAGUCGGACCCGGACGAGGCGCGCAUCGUUAAGGGGAGACUGGAGAAGACCACGCUGGGAGAGGUGACAGAGUAUGUGGAAGAAGUUUUCGCUCCAGACAGCUGUGUUUUAUUUAUAAAGUUAGACUUGAAUCGAAUAAAGCUUUUGAAGCUUGAGGUUAAUGCAGAGACAAUCGUGUUUUCCAUUUGCACGGCGCCAAAGCUCAAAGUAAAACGUCAGCAUAUUCACAUUUUGAGUCCGUGUAUCAUCUGCGUUUAUCCACAAGAAAACAGCAAGAGUGCCUUGCAUUUUGUCAUGCAAACGCUGAAGAAAUCUUUACCUAAUGUUGUUAUCAAGGGAAUGAAAGGCGUGACGCGUGCUAUUAUCCAUAUCGACGAAGAGAAAUCGAAGCCUGGUCAGGAGAAAUAUAAAUUAUUGGUAGAAGGAAAUGACUUGCGAGGUGUCAUGGCAACCGUGGGUGUGAAGGGAACAGCGACAUCUUCAAACAACACUAUUGAGGUCGAGCGUGUUCUCGGUAUUGAGUCUGCGCGAGUAACGAUUAUUAAUGAAAUUGUCUAUACGAUGACGAAUCACGGUAUGAGUAUUGACGCCCGCCAUGUCAUGCUGUUAGCGGACUUAAUGUCUUUCAAGGGCGAAAUCCUUGGCAUAACAAGAUUUGGUUUGGCGAAAAUGAAAGAAAGCGUACUUAUGUUAGCCUCGUUUGAGAAAACUGCUGACCAUCUAUUCGAUGCCUCGUUCCACGGAAGAAAGGACUCCAUUGAUGGAGUCAGCGAAUGCAUUAUAAUGGGAAUUCCUAUGACAAUCGGCACGGGGAUGUUUUCCCUUCUUCACAAAUCGAACAUUGAUAGCACACCACCACAGCGACCUCUGUUGUUUGAUAACCCUGAAUUUCACAUCCCUGGCUGCGAGCCAAGGUGACAACAGUGAAGUGUUUGUUGAACUCGAGUUUGGUCAGAAUCUUGUGUUUUGUUCGUUGUUUUGGCUGAAGGCGAUUGUAAAAACGAAGCAUCAUGAUGUGACCGUUUAUUGGAAUCUUGUAUUUGGGGACAAGGCAUCUUCCGUAACUCAUUUUGACGUUUCUGUGUUGUGUAUGUUUGAGGAAUAUAGUCUAUUAUUACAGAGGUAAACUUUUUUCAUGCUUGCAUGGACAUAAAUUAUAAAUCAAACGGGUGGCAUAACAAAAUCGUAUCGCAAAAUUUGGGACCUCAUGUGGAGUAAGUUCAAUGCAACUCUUGUGAUUUAGUAUUUGCAUAGUUUGGCGCCAAAAUCAUGCUGCCUGUUGUUGUUAUUCGCAGGCUGCCUGAAAGGAAUUAAAAAUGCAGUAUAUUUAAAGCAUUGUUAAAGUCGUUGAAUGGAUGAAUAAUUAAGCUAGCGUGGACCUCGUGGUAUACGGCUUCAUGUCAUGAUGAUAAUAUCUUAAUGAUUCUAUCGCCGUCAAUGUAAAAAAACAAUUCAUCGCAAACGAUACAGCACUACACAAUGUGUCGUGGCAUACCUUAGCAUGGUUUCAAAACAUACCUUAACAGCAUAUCGUGCCAGAUUAAUAACAUAUGAUACCUUAUCUUAACCGUAGCAAAUAGUAACAAUAUCUUGGCCAUAGUAAUUCUACAUCUCGUAAUUAACCUUAACAAAUAUUUCAACUUCAUAGUUAACCAUAGUAACGCAUCGUACCAAAACAUAUACGUUACCAUAGCUUCCUAUGAUAUACCAUAGCUUGUAUGCCUUAAAAUCACCAUAACUAUACCUCAACAUAGUACAGCGAUCUGCUUACCUUAGCUAUAUUUCUUAAACCCCCCCCCCUUCCUGAUUUCUUGCAUGCGUGGCACUUAUUCAAACUGUCUCUGCACACUCUAGAUUCUAAUCAUGGCCAUUAGUAAACACUUGAAUUGUAUGAAACUAUUCGCUUAAUGAUUUGAUUUUGAAGCGCCGAAAUUCAAUCUACUCCCCCAAAUAGAGUAAUUCAUAUUAAAUCAUAUAUCCCCUAAAUCGGUGAAUGCUUUAAAGUUUCAUCAAACCUUCAACAAUUCAUCUUGAUAAACAUUUAAAAAAAUUUAUACAUGUUCCUACACUUUAGUUCAUUUCACGCGCUCAAAAUCAACCAGUAAAUUAUGGGGAUGCUUGCCAGUAAAGUAUAUACAUAUAUAUGUUUGAACCUUGAAGAAUUGCAUUUAAUAAUAUUGUGGGCGCGUGCCAUUGAUUUGAUUAAGUACCAUGGCACGCGUUUGUUAAGCCUUCUUUAAUUAUUUUCAAUAUUGGCAUGGUUCGUGAGACGCCAAGACUUAUGACAGCUCUGAAGAUUUGACAAGGAUUCCUCGAGAAUUCGCGAACGAACUAAUUAGAACAAGAGAAACGCCCAGAAAUAUCGCUGGCUUUUGUGCCAAGAAGGCCUCGAAAAUGGCAAAAUUCGAUCAAAAGUUUUGGCUAUUUGCGAAGCAUUGACCGUGACGUAUUUAACACACAAUUUCGCAAAGUAAAUAAGUCGGAAGAUAAAAGAUUAUCCAGUAACAAAACUCUCGAAUUUCAAUCGAGUAAAAAGGUCCAAAACACUUCUAAAUGUUACAAUACAACUUCGGUUUUGUUUGAUUUGAAUGAAUUUGUUACAAUGAAACUUCUGGGAAUGCUUUUCGUUCCUUCAAACAAUCGAAGCGUUUUAGGCGGUUGUGGUUGCAUGUGGGCUUUGACAAAUUAGUGUACUAAAGAAUUAGUUUAAAAACUUCACAAAGCCACAAAUAUUCGUGAAAGAAGCGUAGCAAAACGCGCAUAAAGCCAAAGGUUUCUGCGACGAAUGUAGUUAAACUAACAAUUAGACAAGUGUCCAUGUUCUAAUUAGCAAAGCAUGUUACUAAAUGUUUUCUUUACAAAAUUAUCCGUCUGGCACAAGUAUCGCUUGGGUAAAUCCACAAACGAAUGUUUUUGCCGUUUCCAAACAAGCGUUAAUUGCCGAAGGCAAACACCGCCCCAAAAUUGCUAGGAAAUAGAUGUGGAUUUACCUUGAUAAACGAAGCAGGCGAAAUAAUUAAACAUGUCAUUCGGAUACAACCAUCGCAGAGUAGAAUUAGUU